GGGUUUUCUGUUGUUGUGAAGCCCUCUGUCCUAGCGGCCUGCAACCCCUCCACUCACACUUUCUUUCUUUCUCCUCCUUCCACUCACUCACUCUCCCUCCAGAGUGGGACUCUUCCUCGACAGACUCCUGUCAGGUCUGCAGCAUCCGUCUUUUGGGAGCUCCCUAGAAGCCAGAAACCAUGCUGACGUUUUUGGCGCUGGCGUCGGUUGUCCUCCUGGGAAUAGUGCCUGAGCAGUCCCAGGCCAUUAUGAUUUACACUGGCUGGGAGCGCCACGCCCUGGUGGGUGGCGACAUCCGGCUGUCCUGCUCCUUCUUCUCCUGGCGCUGGACCUCGGAGGAAGUCACCUUCUCCUGGACAUACAGGCCUGAUGGCGCCCGGGACAGCAUCUCUAUCUUCCACUACACCGGUGGUGUGGCCUAUGUGGACAACAAGGGCCCGUUCAGGGACCGGUUGGAGUUUGUGGGGAACCCGGGCCGCCGCGACGGCUCCAUCCUGAUCAAAAACCUGGACUACAACGACAACGGCACCUUCACCUGCGACGCCAAGAACCCCCCUGACAUAGUGGGCCGGCCCUCCAGCGUGCGCCUGCUGGUCUUUGAGAAGGUGCCCAUCCAGGCUGGUGUGAUCACAGGCGCCAUCAUCGGGGUGGUGCUGGGCCUGCUGGUGCUCAUCGUGGUCAUCUACUACCUAAUGAGGUUCCUGGUGGCGCGCCGCGUCUUCAGCCUCAGUGUCAGCAAACAUGGCAAGAAAAAGAAAGAGGGAUCACAGCAGAGACAGGGCCCCGUGCCUGCCGCCGACCCCUCGAAGGUGAAGGCGGCCGCCUCCGAAAAGAAGAAGCAGGAGUCACGCAAGGAUAAGAAAUAGGAUACGGGGAUGGGCUGGGGCGGGCUCGCCAGCCGGCUGCUCCAGCCCGUACGCCUGGCGGUGGCCAAGGCCCAGCCCAAGCAUCAGCAGCGAACCGUAGCCAGAAAGACGGAGAGGGUGGUGGUGGGAGGAGGGGAGGAGGGCCCGGGCCGGGUGCUGAUGACCAUCGAUCUGGAGCUGACCCGCAAAAACGGGGAGGAGAGGCCUGGCGGCGAGGGAGGGAUGGGGAGCUCCAAAGCGCUUGGCUUCCUCUCCCACAUCGCCGACCAGCUCACCUUCACAAAAUAAACCGAUAUAGGGAGGCGGGGGAGGCCAAAGGGGGGGGAGGGGUGACGGAGCUGUGGAGGAUAAGAGAGUGGGCAGUCUACUGAGGAGACAGCAGGAGAGCUCAACCACAAACCUGCUUCACACCCACCACAACGCCAACCUGAGUCCCUGAAUAAAUGAGUCAAAUCAUAUCUGCUCAUGUCACAGGCUGAUGACUGUAGACAAAGCUAUACGGGACCCAGAUCUUAAGAUGUCAUGAUAAUACACCAGCCGGCACCCCGAGUACUUUUUGUCAGGUCAUAAGAUAUGCCAUUUGAAGCGAGACCUCAAGACGGCUGGGUUUGAUAACAAAAUCUAAAAAGCUGCUCCCCGGGUUUUUUGCCUUUUCUGGUUUCUUCCAUUGUGAUCCUAUCCACCGAAAAAAGCUUCCUCCAAGUGCGUCGGAUACGCAUCACAAAUCCCAAGCUGCAGGGACAAGCCAAUUUGCUUUUUUUCCCCCCAGAGGCGACAUGUCAAACUCCAACUUCCUCCCCUCACUCUGAUCUUCAUUCUUUUUUCAUCUCCAAUCCCAUUUCUUCCUCUUUUACUGUGAAUUUUCUGACUUUUCGUGUUAAUUCAAAUUACAAAGUGAUUUAUAUGCUAACUGCUCUAUCCUGUUUCUCUUCCUCUCUCUCACUUCCCUUCCCUCUUUUCCUCCAUUUCUUUCUCCUGUAGAUAAAGGUCUGACUUCUCCAUGACUGCCUCCACUCCUCUAGUCUGCUCCCUCCUUUUCUGCCCAGCCUGAUGCAACCCCCAUUAUUUCCCAUUAUCUCUAGUCUUUCAAGACAGCACUGGCUGUAAGAAUAGUCCUACUAUAUCAGUGGCAACUGUGUCAAAUAUUUUUUUACAAUGGCUGAUUGGAGAACCUGUAUGCACUCAUUGGGCAAACUGUAAAACAGUUUAAGGCCUAACAACCCACAUAACUUUCUUAAGAGAAACCUGAAAAGACAUCCCUCUGUGUUUAGAGUCUCAUGAAUCUUCCCCCUUAAUGUUUACGACUCAAUCACACACACACACACACACACACACACACUGAGCGGAGCUGCGAGUGCACUCUGGACUUCAGAUAGAGAAAAAGAGAGACGGAGAGGAGAGUGAUAGUGGGAGAGAAAUAUGAUUCCUGCUCUCAGCCGGGCGUAGAUAGAGGUUCAAGCCCUCGAGCUCGGGGUGAUUCAAUCCUUUCAACAUUUGAGCUAAUGGAGGUUGUCGGCCUGUCCCUGCCCUGGCUAAAGGGGGCUAUUUCUGGCCCUAUAAGAGCGUGCGGGCUUACUGUAACAGCUGCACAUUUUUUAGCUAACAGGGGGGUGGGGGUGGUGUGAGAAAAAGAAAGAGGUGAGCAGGCCGGGUAGGGUGUGUGUGUAUGUGGGGGGGUGCUGCUAUGCUUUUUGUGCCUGAGUGCAUGAGGCUGUCCGCUGUUGACCCGACGGCCGGUGACUGACAACCUGGAAUGACGUCACGGCGCGUAGGGCUGGCGGGCGCUCUCAGGAGUCUGGCAAAAGGGCUUUACAGGAAGAGGUUCAACUUCUGUGCUCUCCGAGUUAUUUUAGGUCCAGUUAAUCUGCUCGCACGUUUUUCCCCUCGCCAACCCAGGGCUAAUUAUUUUAGCGUGUACUGGUAACGAGAUCUCUCUCUCCAUCUUCAUCUCCCUCCUCGCCUCCUGUGCUGUCUUCACUGCUUUGUUAGUCAUCUCUGUUCGCAUCUUGGGAUUGACCUCCUUUCCUCCAAAACCCCUGUUUGAUUCUCUCUGUCCUUGUGUCUUUGGCUUCCUUUAUCUCUUCCUCUUCCUGUCGUCUUGCGACUCUGCGCUGCAUUAUUCCCCCACAGAAAAGGCCUAUACACAAUCCACUCCACUCUUUAAGCCUCUCCUUAUCUGACUGCCAGGCCCACUGCUCAAUGCUCUGCUCCUCUCUCUUCUGUCCUUCCUUCCUUCCUCCUCCUCCUCCUCCUCCUCCUCCUCCUCCUCCUCCUCCUCCUCCUCCCUCCUCCUCCCUCGUUCUUCUUCUUCUCCUUUUCAAAUUUGAUGACGGACAUCUCUGUCUCCCCUCCCUCCGGCUUGCCCAAUGAUCAACGAACGCCCUCUCGCUUGCCCUUCAAAAUGCCACCUCCCCCUAUAGGCAUGUCCCCCGCCAGCCCGCCUUCCCUCUCUUCCUCCGACCCUUUACUGUGUUUCUGCCGGUUCCGAUGCUAAAAAUGCUCUCCUCUGCCCCUUAAUGGCAAAGAGCGGAAACACAUGGGCAGAAAUCCGCCUUUGGUUCUCACUGAAGACGCCAAACAGAAACUUAUAAUCUAGCUAGCUCUAUUCUGGUCGCAAAUACGACGUGUGUUUUAUGUAUAUGUGUGUCUAGUUAAAAAAUGAGAUUUGCUCUAAAGCAAAAAAAAAAAAACAGCAUGUCACCCUAAGUAAAGAAAAUAAGACAUUUUUUACAUGUGUACAAAGAAACAUAUGGAGAACACGUUUAUCGAGGCAAGGAAGAAAUGUAAUUCUAUCUGAUGGAAUAUGUCAUUAUAUUUCUGACCUUGUGUGUUAUGGAAGGUACUGUGUGGCUGUCUCUAGUGUACGUUUUAUUCCGAGACGUAGAGUAAAUCGAGGUUUUCGUGCGGCGUCAGAGAGAAUAUUAGGGGUGGAUAAGGGUUCAGUUAUCCUUAGAUUCAGUGAGCUGUGGCUGGGGAGAAAAAAAAGGAGAGGAAGGUGCUUGCUGUGGAAGAAAGCUUCGGAGGAAGAGACUUAUCUGCCAAAAAUCCAUAUGUAUAACCACAGAUGGUCUGCUCUUCCCCCAGAGCCUUCUUUUAAAGGUGCUUCUUCCCCAACCCUGUGCCAAAGAUGGAAUGCGAUCUGUGUGCUUGACAUGCAGGGUGGAUAGUGUAGACUUGAAUGUUCCUUUAAAAUUCAUAAUGGCAAUGGAGGUGCUAAAAUCCACUUAUUUAUAACUGGAGAUCUAUUUCACUCGUCGCUGUUUAACUGUCCAGUCACAUGGAUUAGUUAGAAUGUUUUCUUCUUUUUCAGCAAAGCCACACAGACACCUGACAUAAGACAAACAGCAUUAAAAUUGCCUUUUAAAAAUGUUUUAUAUGUAUUAUGAACUGUAUUAGUCAUAGUUGCACAAUAACAUUCCUUUAUUGGAAAUGACUGGAGCUUCUUACAUUUUUUUUUUACAUUUAUUUUAAUGCUUGUGAUAAUUCCAGAGCACUAACAACUUUUGAUGACUCUGUAUAAUAUGUUGUAAAGAGUACGUAAAUAAAAAUUAAAGCCCCAAGCGCGGCUGCUGUCAACAGAAGACAAAGUAAACCCAGCUGAAAAAUG